CUCCCGCGCUGGGGCUGCAGCUACUGUGCCACAGCCAGUCGGGAGGGAGGCCGAGGAGUGGAAUCGCAGCCAUGUUCGGGGCCGGGGGGCUGAGGGAGUUCUUCGAAGAAGACCCCUUCUUCCGGGAGCCUUUUGCUGCGCAGCAUCAAUACAUGCGUCAAAUGAUGAGAAGCUUUUCUGAUCCUUUUGGACGAGAUCCAUUUCUCAGUAUUACAGAGGGUGGCGAAAGAGCUCGAGAUCAAAGAGGACACCAUGAUUCUCAGGUUGCUUUGAGAGGAAAUCAGAGAAAUUCAGAUUUCAAGGAUCCUUUCUUUGCAAUUGACAGAACUAUAUCAAACAUGAGAAACAGUAUGCUAGAACUGCAAAGAAAUUUUGAUCAUCUCUCACUCAAUCCAGAUGCACACUCAUUCAGUUCUUCUUCUGUGAUGACAUAUUCCAAGAUAGGUGAUGACCCACCAAAAGUUUUUCAAGCUUCAGCUCAGACCCGCACAGCUCCAGGAGGUAUCAAAGAGACUAGAAAAGCACUUAAAGAUUCUGAAAGUGGGCUGGAAAAAAUGGCUAUUGGUCAUCACAUUCAUGAACGUGCCCAUGUAAUUAAAAAAUCAAAGAACAACAAAACUGGUGAUCGAGAACUGAAUCAAGAAUUUAUCAACUUGGAUGAAUCUGAGGCCCACAUAUUUGAUGAGGAAUGGCAGAAGGAGAUUAUGAGGUUUGGAACAUCUGGAGCUAGAUGCAAUUUAGAAGCUCCAAAACACAGAAGUAACCAUCAUAUAAGCAAGGAAGAUGCAUCAAGGAGGGAGAAACCCCACCCAAAACCACUGAUUGCAGGAUCCAGAAGACCUGAAGUUUCUGUGGAGAACCUCAAUGUGAAAGGAUCGCACGUCCCAAUCAAAACCAGCAAAAGAUAAAUGGCUUGUACAAUGGUUUGGAUCUUUUUGGGGGUCUUUUUCAGAGAAGAUAACGGUGCUAGAUCAUAGACCAAUCCCUGGUUUUUAAGUGUUAGUGUGCCUUGCUCGUCUAGUCAUUUGACCACUGAAUGUUCUUGAAGACACCAGCUCUUUGGACUACAUCUGGGUCUGAGCAGUAAAAGAAAAUAUUUACCACUGAAAAGCACUUUAUUGGGUUAUCACUUUUCUGUAUACUGUAAGCUAUAAUAUUUUGCCUUCCAAGGCUUUUUUCCUACAAUUAUGCUAAUCUCUCAAACUUUUC